AUAAUUUCUUUCACAUAUACACACAAAUAGUAUACUACAAUACAAUACAAUAUGCAUUCAUGUAGCAAUCCGACCUGCCAAUCUCACUUUCUCUCUCUCCCCAUCAAGAUUUGUUGAAUCUUCGUCAAUAGCGAGUCCUUUUCAUCAGUUACUUCUCUCUAUCUAUCCCUCUCUCCACCUUCUUACAAACUAAUUUCUCUCUCUCCAUCAAGAUUUGUUGAAUCUUCGUCAGUAGUGAUUCCAUUUCAGACUUUUCAGUUAGUUCAUUCUCUCUCUCUCUCUCUCCACCUUCUUACAAACUAAGCAUCCCCAUUUGGUUAGAUCAAUUCCCCUGAAUUCCAACAAAACUCUCCAGAAAAAUAAUAAUUAAUUACAUUGCUUUUCUCCAUCCUCUGUCAAUUUCUUGAUUUCUCCAAACUGAUUGCUGAAACCACCAAUGGGGAACUGCUGCGGAAAACCCAAUAAACCGGCGAAGAAAUCGACGGCCGAGAUCGCGCCGUCGGACAUUGUUAAAGCACCUCCGAAACCAUCCCCGGCCGUCCGAUUAACCGGCCCGCCCACGUGCGCCCUCACGUGCUACGUCCGGUUCGCCCUCCUCCGCAAACCCGUCUCGCUCCAAUUCACCCCAUCCGACCAAGCCCCGGUCCUCCACUACGGAUCCGACGCCGUUUCGGGCACGAAGGAAGCCCUGAUCCAGUACAUCGAGUCCAAGUUUCCGGACCCGCCGCUGACGAGGCGGCAGUGGAGUGGCGGGGCCGGGGAGGACGACGCGACGCCGUCGGUGGUGAGGGCGGCGGUGGCGCAGCACAAGAGCGUGGUGUGGCAUCUGGAGAGGAUGGUGAGGUGGGCGGAGGAUCUGGCGGCGCGUGGGGGAGGGAAGAGGGUGGCGCGCGGCGGUGAUCCGGCGAUGGGGAGCCCGAGGAUGGAGGUGAGGAAGUUCGCGCGGAGCUACUCGCAGCUGCUGGAGGUGAUGCUGGAGCACGCCCAGAUGGAGGAGAAGGUCGUGUUCCCCGUCCUGGAACGGGCUGAUCGAGGAUUGUCGAAAGCUGCAAAUGAAGAACACGCACGGGAUCUGCCUAUCAUGAACGGCAUCAAAGAAGACAUUAAAACCGUUGGAGUGUUGGAUUCAGGGAGCCCUGAUUACCAAGAGGCGCUAUAUAAUAUUUCGAGUCGGCUGAAAAAAUUACAGGAUCAUUGCAAACAACACUUUGAGGAGGAGGAACGAGAGCUGCUGCCAUUGAUGGAAGCCGCGGAGUUGAGCAGAGAGCAGCAGGAGAAGGUGCUGGAGCAGUGUUUGGAUGUGAUGCAGGGAACUCACUCCCACCUGUUUCGUUUUUUCAUGGAAGGCCUCCUCCCUCAGGAUGCCUUGCACUACUUGGACAUGGUCAUCGCAAGUAGCAACAAAGAACGGGUGGCCUCGAUGCUUCGUAUGAUUGUAGAGUGAGAUCCAUCCGUUGGUUCUCUCUCUCUCUCUCUCUCUCUCUCUCUCUUGAUGAUUGAUUUCAUUUCUUAUGUUGCUUAGAAAAGUAACGAUACGAUUUCUGAUUCCUUAUUUUUGCAUAUAGCAGAAGGUAAUGACAUUAUACUCCUUCGAAGAACUAGAUCAAUCAAACUUUUGUCCCGGUAAGGGAAUUGUAAAUUUGAGGACCAAGAAUUUGAAGGAAUUUGGUAAGUUGGUUCCAAAUGAAUUUGACAA